GAGUGGUGAGAUGCCUUACUAGUCGAUGGUGUCGCGCCCGGUGAGUGUGGCCAUCGUUUACUGCUGGUUUUCUGAGUAAACUUUACUCGUGGGUGCUGUGUGGUUACACGAUGUGGCUGUUUAGGUCGAUUUUACAUUAAAUCUAUUCAUGUGUGUGUAUGUUUCAUGAAAAAUCAUAGAUUUGUAGAUUCUGCGCAAACUGUGAAUGCAUCUGUACAGAAGAGUUUGUCGCAUAUUUAAUAUGUAAGUGUAGUUGAGUGUUCUUACGUCACGAAUGUGUAGGUGCCGAAAUGAAGAAAGCGAUCACUGUGAAAAAUUGUUCUAAAUAACAUCCAACAGCAAAUAGAUAGUUUCGUUGUAUUUAGGAGUACAGUCUAGUUGGAUUGGAGGUAAUGUUUCUUUGCUAAGAUGGAUUGUUAAAUAUCAACCACACUUUUGUUAGUGACUCUCUAGGACAAAAUAGUUAUAUCAGUUUCUUAAUUUUGUGUUACGUUGCUGUGUAUUUCUCUGUAUUUGAUGAACUUGGAAUAAUAAAAUAAUAAUGUUCAUUUAUGCUGCGAUAAUACUGUUUUGGGUUGCGCUGGAAUACCAGUGCGAAUAUUGGUUAAUUACGAAUACACUUUCCGUUCAGUCUCGUGCGGACAUGGUUUUAAUGUGCAUUGUCCAAUUUAAAAUAGUGACUCUUGGAAGCGUUAUGGAGUGUUUGAAUGGCUGUUUAUUUUCUGAUAUGCGGCGAGAAGAUAAAAAACUGUAUGUGAUCCAGUGGUGUCAAGCAUAUGAAUUGAUUGCGUCUCGAUCCGUAUGUCCCAAAUGUAAUGAUGGAAUGGCAUUGACCGCGCGAAAAGACUUAACUGAUGGAUAUGAGUGGAUGUGCAGAUAUCGUGGAGCCAAUGCUCAGGCUCAUUCAUGCAAGCAAUCUGAGUAUAGCAGAACAAACGAUUCCAUGCAGAGCAUUCAAGAUGCAGUUGGUCAUUUUGGCCAGGCGGCCAGAUUGAUUGAGGAGGGCAUGAGUCGUUUCACUGAAGUUUGGGCCCAGAUGGAGAGAAGCCAGUUGGCGCAAAGAAGUGCGGAGGAGCGAUGGCAUCAGAUGGAGGAAAGCUUGGGUACAGUGAUGGAGACAAGAUGGAGGCAACUGCAGGAGAGGCUGGAGAUGAUGAUGAUGGAGAGGGUGGAGGCACUGGUUCAAGAGAGGUUGGAGGGGUUGGUAAUAGAGGCUGUGGAAGCAAAAGUUGGGGCAAGGCUUGAAGAUGUGGAGCAGAAGAUGCGAGAAAGAGAUGGAGACAGGGAGACUGGGGAAACUUCACCAAAUGUACCAAAAGAAGGAUUUGUAACAUGUGAAACACACCACAGAAUCACAGAGAUGGAUAGAGGAAAUGGGGAUAUCUUGCCCAAGAGGUUGGCUAUUCUUGAAAAGUCUGUGCAUAAAGCUCUCGAGGUUAUGUUUCCUCGUGUAGAAGCUUUGUUGUCCCAACUGGAGGAUCGAUCUCUGGUGUUUCAUGCAGAACCUUCUAAACAUUGUGUUCCACUUGCACAGUCUCUGUCUUCUGAUGCAACUGUUCAUACCGGGACAUCAAAAUCGCCUACAACAACUAGAGGAGAUAUGGUUUCUUCUUCUACUUCUCCUGUUGGUACUUCAAUGUUAACGUCUGCUUCUGCAUCUGCAUCUGCAUCUCCAAAUUGGGAUCGCCAACCUUGUGUAUAUAAAUCUUCCCCAACCCAGCCUGUUUACUCAGUCAGUAAUCUCAUCCAAGCAGCAAAGGAAGGUGAUUUAAAAGCAUUGCUGUCACAACUGGACUCAGGAAUAGACAUUAACUCUUGUGACUCUUAUGGAAACACUGCUUUAUAUUGGGCUGCUUUCAGGGGGCAUGGUCAUCUUGUGUGUCUGCUGCUUGAUAAAGGAGCAUUUGUUAACUGUAGGAAUUUGGAAGGCUGGACACCCUUACACGCUGCUUCCAGAUGGGGUUUGACUUCAUGCAUCUCUCUUCUGUUGGAUGGAGGUGCAAAUAUUGAGAGCAAAACUGAAUCUGGGCGUACUCCUCUUCACGUUGCUGCAAAUUCUGGUCGUGAACAAUCGGUAGAAUUGUUAUUAGUUGAAGGAGCGAGAAUCAAUGCUAAGGACAAUGAUGGGAAGAGACCAUUAGAUCUAGCUAAUUCUUCAGCUGUUCGUCGACUACUCAGACACUAAUUUAUGGGUGAGAAGGUAGAUCAGUAUGAAAAGUCAAAUUAUUUUAAAAAAUGUUUAUUUUUUUUAUCUCUUCAGGAGUCAAGUUUCGCUGAUGUCAUCAUGAAAAUAGAUAGUUUGUUUCAUUCAAAUGAAUAGUGGAUAUGAUAUUAAAGUAUUGACGGUAAAUAUUUAUUUUAACCUCUCUUAGAAUUGAUGGGAAAUAAAGAUGUUUAGAUUAAUUCAAGCUUUGUUAAUGAAUUAUGUUGAAAUUAAUCAAUAAUAUCCUUGUGGUAAUAGUAUUUUCUUCGUGAUUUUGAGCAAAUGCCAGAUAUUAAGUUGCCAAGUUAGAUAUAAUUUUUUUUCUCCAAAGAGAUGUCGAUACAGAAGAUUACUUGUUUAAGGUUACAAAUUAAAAAGUAAUUCAUCCAAACAACUAAUUUCACAAUGAAUCUCCAAAUUAAUCGUUUACAAAAGCAUUAGAUUUUCUAUGAGCUUAUUGUAAAACCCAAAUUUUUAAGAUUUAUUUUUGUGAAGGAAAUUAAAUAGUUUGAGACAGAACUUUGCUUUUGUGUUCAUGUAGUUGAUGAUAUAAUUCUCAAGAAUAGUAGUGAUGUAUGGAAGAAAUGAAAUGUGUAAAAUAAUGAGGAAUGGGAACAUUUAUCAUAUAUUCCAAUUAUGAAAGACCCUCCAAAAAAAAAAAAAAAGGGAGCAUUUGAUAUGAAACUACUAAUUUCUAUUGGAUUGGGAAUUAUUGUUAAUAAAUUUCUUGGAAAUAAAGAGUAUAAAGUACACAAUUUCACAAAUAAAAUUUUGAGGGCAUGAACUUUCUCCUGUGGUAUGUAAUUGGUAUGUAGUGCUUAUUGGUGGGCAUCUGUGCUUUUUUCAUGAGCAAAUGAGGUUAAUGGUGCAAAUGAAAAUAAAUUUAUAUUUUGAUUGAGCUUCGAAAUAUAUUUUGGGUUGUAAUUUAAUUUUGAUAUAUUUUUUAUUUGUUUUUCAUAACUGUCAGUGAUGUGAUGUGUGUUGAAAAUAUUGACUACUUUUAUAACUAAUAUUAAGUUAUAGAAAUAAAAUUGUGCUCCUGGGCUCACUUAUAUUAAAUUUUAAAUUCUAAAAUAUUUACAGAAAUAUAGAUUCAUAUUUCAGAUUCAAUUGGAAACCUAAUGAAACUGGAAGAUAAAAACUAGAAACAAAGAAGACAAAGAAAAGAAAAGAAAAAAAAAAUCAUCUGAAUUUGAAAAUUUAUGUCAUUGUGACCUGUCAGUGAACAGCUUGUUGAUUUUUACCUCUGAGUGGAGGGCAUGUAAAAGUUCUGUACUAUAUGUAUGGAUCAAUUAAUAAACUUGAUGAAAAGUAAUGUUAUAAAUUUCGGUAGAAAAGAUUUAUUUAAAAUAAAAUUUAAACAUUUUACAUCUGCGGUAUUUUACUGCAAGACAUUGUUUAAUUCACUUGCCUCUGCUACUGGAAAGUAGAAGA